GUAAUUUCAAAUUUCCAUAUUACAGUAAAGUCUGUCCUAUUAUUGUUAAAUGGUGACAUUUCGAAACAAGUUUAUAGCUGUGUCUUUAUUCGGAGGUGGUUUUUAGCACAGGUUGAUUAUAAAUCGCUAUAUUUCUUUGUUUUAGCGCGAUUAAUGGUUUUUAUUUUAUUGUAAAAUUAAAAUAAACAUAAUUGAUUCAUUUAAUAUACUAAACAAUUAUUUCCAUUUCUGUUUUAUGAGGAACGAUGCCUGCAAAAAGAAAGAAUACAUCUUUGUCACACCAAGUCGCUCAAAAACGGAAAGGAAACACUCAAGGUGGAGGAGAUGUUCAGCCCGUCAACCUGGAAGAUGCAGGGACGAGGGGUGUAACUGGGGGAGUUGUUCAGCCCGUCAACCAGGAAGGUGCAGGGACGAGUGGAUUAUCAGGUGUCCAAGCGGCAAUCCCGCUACCUUCACAGAAUCAUCAAGUGAGAUAUCCCGAGAUCUGGAUAGUGGGUGACUCGCUCGUCAGAGGGGCACACCAGCAAUCCCUAUUUCGGCCUGAGGGUCCAAAUUUAGGACUCGAUAGUUUAGGAUACAGAAUAAUUUGGGAAUACAUUAGCGGUAUGAAGAUUUCCGAAUUAAGAGAGACAAUAGAAUACCUUCUCAAUUUUCAUGCUCCACCGGUAAUGUUGAUUAUCCACUGUGGUGGGAAUGAUUUAGGAUUAAUUUCUACUUUAGAAUUGACUUGGAGCCUCAAACAUUUUUUACAAGAUUAUAUUAAAAACGCAUUACGAAACACAAAGAUUGUUUGGUCACAAAUACUUCCACGUCGAACUUGGAGAUAUAUAUACGACAAUUUAAUUGCUAAAAGAAUGUGUACCAGAAUUAACAGUUGUUUAGGAAAAUAUUUCAUAAAGUGUGGAGGUGCAUAUAUUAAAUACCCAGAUAUAACUUGUGAAUCUACAUACUUCUCAGCAGACGAUUGCCAUCUGUCAAAUUUAGGAUAUAAUGUUAUGGUAAGCAUUCUAUCUGGUGCUGUCUGUUCGUUUUUGUUCGCAGGUCAGGCUGUUUUCCCUUACUUGUCAUAGCUGGAUUACUGAUUAAUUGUUUCAUGAUAGUCCGCUUUGGCGGAAGGCUCGAUUUCAUCUCACCUUUUGGCGAUUUAACUAUCAUAAAACACUUUCUGCCGUAGACGGGGAAGUUGAUUUGCAAAAAUUUUCAUUAUCUUGUAUUACAGUAAUCCAGCCAUGACAAAUAUAUGCCAAACCAUUAAUUAAUAAAUUAGAGUUUUAAACAGUUA